AUGCAUGACCUCCAGAAUACUUUCUCCUUGUGUUUUCGAGGUCAAAAUCCCCAAUACCUGCAGCAAGACCUGAUGGAAUCUUCAAAGACCACGUCUGAUAUUGCCAUUGUUGGUGGAGGAAUUGUGGGGUCCGCGCUGGCCUAUUUCUUAUCCCAGACUGACAAGAAAGUGGUUCUUAUCGAUCGGUCGUUUUCAGAGUUGAAAGGCUCGACAGGCCAUGCUCCCGGCUUUGUGGGUCAAUUCAAUGAAUCCGAGGUUCUUACACGCCUUGCCAUUGAAACUGUGAGAGAAUACACGAAGGUACCCGGCGGAUUCGAUGUUGUUGGAGGUCUUGAGAUCGCUACCAGCUGUGAAGGCGUCGACCGAUUAAGAUCAAGAUGUGAGUUGGCUAAGAGAGCUGGACUCCGUGCCGAAUUGAUAUCCUCCGGACAGGCAGUUGGCUUAGCCCCAGACCUGGUCAAUGACGACAACCAAAUAGCUUUGCACUUUCCUGGUGAUGGGGCUGCGAACGCUAUCAGAAUAACCUCAUUCUACCAGAAAAACGCACAAACUAAGGGCGUCGAACUCAUCGAAGCAGAAGUUACCGAAAUCCAACAGGUCAAUGGCUGUGUGAAUGGUGUGAUGACCACUUCAGGGCUCAUCCCGGCGAAGAAAGUCAUUAUUGCCACGGGGAUUUGGGCAACCAACCUUUGCAAGUUCGAUAUUCCAAUUCCAGUCGUGCCGGUUGCACAUCCAUAUAUGUACGCUGAGCAUCACACACCAAAAUUACGCAAGGCGCCUUGGGUGAGAUGGCCACAGCAUCAUGUCUACGCUCGUGAUCAUGGUACUUUCUUCGGCCUGGGCUCAUAUGAUCAUGCCCCAGUUCUCAAUGAACCGAGGGACACUGCUAUUGGUGAUUGGAUCGGGCAGUUUGAUGAGACAUUAAGCCAUGCCAUGCGUUUUAUACCGGAAGAGACGAAGCUCGUUCCGAGAGAACGUUUCAACGGCAUUUUCUCAAUGACGCCGGACAAUAUGCCGUUGGUAGGAAGUAUCCCCUCUAUUGAGGGUCUAUACAUGGCAGCGGCGGUGUGGGUCACCCACGCAGCUGGAGCAGCGAAGUUCUUGGCUCAAAUACUGGAAGAACAGCCCGUCGAUGAUGUUAUCAGGCGAGCACUGGAUCCUAGCAGAUUCCAAGGAAGAGAUAUGGCAACCUUGACACAGGAAUCUCUGAAUGGUUACAACAACAUCUACAAGACAGAGGAGAGCGGAGCACCCAUGGUAUAA